AUGAUCAGGGAGAAGCGCCGGGGGAGAUUCCUCUUUGUGUCUGCCAAUGUGGUGAAUCAUGGAAUUCUCUCUGCGGUGCAUCAAGAGACCUCUUCCAUACCUCACCUGGUGAAGCCGCCCAUACCGGAGGGCCGGACGCGAGAAGAGCAGAAGCUCGGGCCAUGGAUCUUCCAAGGCGAUGUAAUGACAGAUCCGAGGUACCGCAUUGAGCACACCUUCUACUCCGACUGCGUUUGGAGGCGCUGGGACUGCGCCGCGCUGGUGCACGAGGCCCUCCUCUGGCGCCUGGAGCAGAAUUCCUCCUGCCUUUUCGAUUUCGGCAUCUUCGACUUCCACGCGCACGGUUAUGAGACCAUGCACGAUGGCAUCGGCCGCUCGAUUGACUGGAAUGACAACUUCUUUGCUUUCCAGCACGAAGACUUCCAUGACAUUGAUUGGGAGGGCGUCGCUACCGAUGACGAGCGCCAGAUGAGUACCCUGCACCCCAAGCAGCGGGGCGAGCAUGCAGGCGCGCUGGGAAGCGCCAUCAUCGCCCAUUGGACAUUCUCGAUCCAGGAGAAGGGCCUCCUGGCGAAUACCACGCUCCUUGAGCGCUAUCGAGCGCGGGCAGAGGUGAUCAUGCAGGAGAACGCCGAGAAGUUCUACUUCGGGGAGUUUCAGCCCCGGGGCCACCUCUGGGAAAGAUAG